AGCAUAUCGGUUUGAGAAAGAAGUUGAAAGAAUAGUUGAAAAAUGGCAGCUCUCACAGCAGAUUCUUUAAAAGAAUUGAUAGAAUCAAGACUACAGGCAUCAUUAGUACAAGUUGAAGACAUGUCAGGAGGAUGUGGACAAGCAUUCGCCGUCGUCAUCGUCUCUCCAUUAUUUCAAGGUAAAAAUAAGUUAAUGAGACAUAGGUUGGUUAAUAAUUCUUUAAAAGAAGAGAUUGCUGCCAUACAUGCUUUCACUCAGAAAGGGUUUACGCCUGAUGAGUGGAUAGCACAGGGUGGUUCAUUAUGAUUUCAUCAAUAGCAGGAGCUACAAGCUAAUUCAUUGAUAUAUUUAUUCCACUGAUCUAUUUAUUGACAAUUAAGAUAGAAUCUAUGAAUAUUCAUGGAAAGGAAA